UUCUAUACUUUGACACUUGAUCUUUAGCUAUGCAGGACUAUGGAACGGCAAGAUGUGCUCCUGUUCCAACAGCUAUGGCGGAUCAGGACCAGCAGUUUCAGCGUCGUGUGAUGUGCCCUGCGUCGGAGACAGCAGCGAAAUGUGCGGAGGGUCGGUCGGAACACCGACGUACUUGUCCGUGUACAACAGUUCCGUAUCUGUUAAGCUUGUUACUAUCGCUAACUUGCCUGCCAUGGUGGAGAGAGGGGUCUCAGUGGCCAUUGAACUGAACAACACAGCUGGUGCUGUAGUAGAUUAUGUAGUGGAAGUUAGUGAUGACUGCAACUCCUCGCCCCACAUUCUCAAUGACACUGUAGGGGGAAUUGUCAACCAUGUGUUCUGCAGGCAAGGAUCUUCUAAGGUCCUGGUACAAGCAUAUGAUGAUUAUGGCAAGACUGCCGUGGCCACCAAAAAAGUGACGGUUCACACCCCUGUGUCAGGCACAAAUAUCAGCUGCCCUCUUCAUGUGGCCCAGGGAGAAGAGUUCAAUGUGACAUUUGACGUGCCAUUUGGUACCAACAUGGAUGUGGCCCUGAAUAUGGAUGAUGGCAAUGCCCCUCUAGAGUUCCACAUUCAAGAUGCUGCAGAAGUAAAGGUUGGCUUAGUUGACAUACCAGCUGCUGCUACAAGUCAGUCAGCAGCUAAAAUUUACUUUCAAAAGAACUACAUCUUUAAGACCCAUGGCUACAUAACCAGAUGGAAAUAUAACAGCAUCGCAAAUGGAGAUGUGUACUUCCAGGUCUUCAGGCCCACAUGCACUUCUGGAAACAAAUUUUGCUUACGGUCAUACACGUGUAUCAGUGAAACUGCCAACUGCAAUGCAGAGACCAGUAUUUGGCGCAGACAGUGCACAGCCAAGUUUGACCUUCACAAGAGAGCCUGUCCCUCUGACGCAGAGCCUCUAGUGCCCGUCAGACCUGCAGCUUGGAGCGGACUCACGACAUUUGAUUUUGUUGCCGAAACGCAGAUCACUGUUUCUCAGCAAGGAGUGCAGACAUUCAGCCUACCCAAGGACGAAUACAUCGCCGUCCAACCUGGAGAUGUCAUUGCAGUUUACCAGCCCAGCGCAGUCACCAUUGCUAUCUCAGAUUCCUCAGUGGGUGUCAUUCAGAGAUUCCAUAAUAGUGGGACUGGGUUCGGCACGCGUACAACAGGCGGUUACACUCUGUCAGGGUCAGAGGCUUCAGAAACAUUUUACCACCAUGUCCAAGCUGUUGUGACAAGGAAUGUUACAGGGAGGCGUUCUCAUUCUUAUUCCGAUGCCAAUCUUUCCAAGAAUGUCUCCCUCACUGUGAGAAACCGUCACACUGGGGCUAAUGCAACUCAGGAGACAGUAUCUUGUCUAAUUGAUGUGCAGGCUAAAGUGGCCAAUGUCUGUAUGGUGUUCAACGAAUCAGAACCUACUAAUGGGGUGGUGAGAUUGUCCAUUCCACCUCAUCCAGGCAACAAGGUGUAUUAUGAAUGGCACUUUGGUGAUGAUUCGUACAAUGUCACCUAUAAUGUGCGCGAGAUGACCCAUGUUUGGACCACAGCAGGAGUGUACAAUGUCACCAUGUAUGCUUACAAUGACAUUAGCUCUGCAUCAUGUCAGCAAGAAAUCAUCAUUCAAGACACCAUUGAAAAUUUAACACUUACAUCACAACAAGUAGCUUCAGUUCUGACUCAGCCAUCAAAGGUGACAUUUGAGAUUGCUCAGGGCACCAAUGUGACUUGGGACUUUGUGAUGAGUGAUGGCGCCACAGUCCAGUUGCUUCAUGAUGAGACCAACAAUGCUGUUGUGGCAGAAAACCUGGGAUUGAGUGGUUUUUUGAACCACACCUUCCAAGAGAUUGGCAACUACUCAGUCACUGUGACAGCCAGCAAUCUCAUCAACUCUGCUGAGGCAACUGUCUUCAUCCCGAUACAGUGUGUCAUAGCUGGCAUGGCCAUUACCCCGCCCCUACCCGUUCUGUACAUGAGUGAAACAAUCAUCCAGAUCCACACGGCAAAUGGCAGCAACGCAGAGUUUAAUUCUACAUUCAAUGGAAACAGCAGCAGGAAUUUCUCAAUGGCAGAUGCAUGUACGGGAGGGGUCAUUCUUGAAGAGAUUCCAUGCUCGACAACAACUCCAUUGCCAACCACUCCGAUGCCAGCAAACACUGUAGGUGAUAUGAAUUCCACAACAGGUUUUUUCAGUACAACAACUGAUGAUUUGACUUUGAAUUACACAAUGGAUGCAAACUUCACAACAACAACAACAACAAUGGGAACAACCACUGCCCAAGUUUGCACCCGUGAGGUCAUCAUCCCCAACUGCUGCCCCAUGGUUGGCUAUGUCCACAUCAUCCCAGAGGACUACGAUGAACAAAUUGGCUGCUAUGAUGUCACUGUCACAGCAACCAACCUGGUGACACCAGCAUACACUGUUAACGCAACCGUUUGCAUUGACUAUGGGAUUGAGGACUUGAAUGUAGUAUCCAGUGAGUUCUGCGUCACCCCCAACACACAGGUGUGCUUCAACUACACUGUGACCCGUGCCUCCACAGUAAGCAAUACUAUCGACUAUCAAGAUGGGACAAUUUUUGAAGAUUUCCAUCCUGUCAUCUCCAACGACACCAUGCUGACCUACUGCCAUUCAUGGUCCAAUAUUGGUACAUAUGUGGUCAACUUCACAGCAGUUAACCCAGUCGACAGACAAGAGAGACUGGUGACGGUGAAAAUUGAACAUGCUGUUGAAGACUUCUCCUUGGAUUCCAACGCCCCAGUUGCAGUCUGGCCAAAUGGUACCUGUGAUGCCUUCUUCACCAUUGCUUUUGGUGGAAAUGUACCGGUGGCUACAGAUGCCUAUUAUGAGUAUGAAAUCCCAUACCAUGUGGUGGAGACCAGUGGCAAUGGAACUGUCACUACUGUUGCAGUUAGUGCUGUGAGUAGCAGUGGUAAUGACAGCAGCAGUGGAAACACCACCUCUGCACCAACCACCGUAGAACCCACGUUCCUACAUAGGCGUAAAACAUACUUGAAUAUCAGUACCUCCUCUCCAGUCACUGACCAUGAUACCUGCCCCAGUUUUGGCACAUAUAAUGUCACCCUGAACAUCUCCAACUGUGUCAGCUAUGAUAUCCUAGCCACAACUUUGGUAGUAGAUGAACCCAUCCUUGGUCUGGCUAUUACAGCAGAUCCUUAUUUUGUUGUCAUAAACACCAAUUCCUACAUCUGUGUUGAAGUCACUUGGGGAAGUAGACUCAAUGUCACACUGGACUAUGGUGACGGAACACCUUUGGAGAUUUUUGAAUACAAUAGAACAGGUUCCAACUGCUUCCUUCACAAUUAUACCAGUGGUGGUAACUUCACCCUAAAUGCCACAGCAGUGAACUCUGUAAGUAGUGCCCGUGUUUCCGCCCCUUCACCAAUCAUCGUCCAGGUUCCUGUGGACGGGUUCAAGCUGACUGGUCCUUCAAUGGGCAUGGUGCUGGAACCAGAGUGGAUGAUUGAGAUGGAAUUUCAUUUGCUCCAUGAAAAUGGCGUGCUCUUGCCCUCGGAUGCAUUCUAUAACAUUUCCUUUGGUGACGGCAACAGCACCGAAGUCAGACCUCUGGAAGUUUCAACUAAUAUGACUGGAAACCUCACUGAUUAUUCAUUCUACAUUUCCUUUUCCCACAGAUAUUAUCGUGGUGACAGGUACACAGUGUCAGUUGAGAUUUUUAACUUGGCCAGCAAGGUGAUCUACCCCUUUGUGAUUGAUAUCUAUGAGAAGAUCACCAAUCUCCAGUGGGAGGUGUACUCAUUUGAGACAGUCAAUAGUAUAGAUGUAUACUCCAUUGGAUUUGGUCCACAACAAGACUACUUUCCUCUGGAGAAGUACGUGUACAUGAAUGCCAGCACUACAAAAGGGGGCGGCUCAGUCAACUAUACAUGGAACCUGGGGGACGGUAGCGGUACGCAGACAAAAUUUGGCGAUCCAACCUUUGCCUACCUGUUCCUCAACCCUGGCACCUACAAUGUUACCCUGAAUGCAUCUAAUCCCCUCAGUUGGGCAGCUGUGUCUAAGGUGAUAACUCUUCAGAAGAGUGCUAAAGCCAACCCUGGUAUUGUCUUAGAAGGUGUAAGCUCUGCAGCAAGGAACACUACUUUCCUGUAUCAAGUGGUUUUCGGGGGUGCAUCUAUUCCUACAGAUGCUUGCUACUUCUUUGACUUCAAGGAUUCACUUAGUGACGGAGGACGUUACGCUUUCCUUGGGGACCAGAGUCAGUGUCAGUCUAGCCACAGUGCACUAUGGGCCUCUUAUUCAUCACGCUUCACAGAUGCCUCGUCCACACAACUGGAAGACCUGAAGAAUGCAAAUCCUACUGUGGCCUUUUCCAUCUCAGUGGAGAACAUCUUUCAGACCACUGGAGUAUUCAACCUUUCCCUUCAGAUCGACAAUAUUGUGUCUAGGGUGGAUUUAUUUAAAGUGACUGGAGUGACCAGAGGACCUUGUCAGUGGCCACAGGUCAGCUUUGAUCUGAUGAAAUGUCAAGUGGACUGUGAUAACUUCAUGCCUAAUACCAAAAGGCAUUACAAGUCUGAGAAACUAGACGUAGAAGCCUCGGUGAAAAUCAACUGCAGCUCUACCAAGAUAAGUCACUACACAUGGACUGUGCAUAAACUGGACUGUGAAACACUAGUAGAGGAGCUGUACCCUCUGCCAGACUUGACCCUGUACUCUAGUGACCAACCCCUCCCGACUCUAACUAUUCCACCCAAUACCCUGCCAUAUGGCUGCUAUAAAUUUACACUUAAUGUGUCUAUGGAUGGAGAGAUUGGCAUUGAGAAUGUGACCUCUACUUAUGUUCGGAUUGUGAAGUCACCAUUGCAUUGUGGCUUUGCUGCAGGCCAAUUUUCUAGAAGAAAAUGGGGAACCAACUUCACAAUUGAUGCGCUUACCAAUUCAUAUGACCCCGAUGUUGGCCAAGGGAAUCAGACUGGUAUAACCUACAAAUGGCUCUGCCGCCGUGCCUGUGAGGAGCUACCUAAGUAUAAUGCAAAUUAUACACAACAAACAGAACCAAGUUCCUCCACCUGUGAUGAUAUUGAAACAGGUGCUGAUCCAGGAGGCUGCUUCAGGUUCGACAUGAUUGACACACCAGGUAUUAUGGACAAUUGGACCACUGGAGAAAUCAUCUUCAACUCAGACCAAACGUAUGAGUUGAAAGUUAUAGAACUCACAGUGGUUGUUCAGAAAGAUGACAGGGUUUGUGUGGCAACUCAUGGGAUUAACGUCACCAUGGGAGAUCCUCCAGAUAUUGAUAUCGUGUGUAAGGCCAAUUGUGCUGAAAAACUGAACCCCAAGGAAGCUUUCACCACUGAAGUUUCCAUUAAAGCAAGGAGGAGAGGCCAGGCAUAUGAAUAUCAAUGGGAGUUGAUGAAGAUUUGUACAAUAGGCCAAAAUCCCUACACAACCCCCUACUGGCCCCAUGAUCAGUGGAUAGGAGCAGUUCAGGGAACUGGAAUCACCACAUCUGGACUAUAUCUGGACAACACCCUCUUCCAGGAGACUGACCGCUGCAUAUAUCAUCUGAUUGCUAAAGCAUGGCGUCCAGGCCAGUCUGAUAACUAUGGUGAAAAUCGAAGAACUUUUACCAUUAACGAACCUCCAAGAGCAGGUAACUGCACAGUUGUGCCGUCCAAUGGCUCAGCACUGGAAACCAAGUACAAUGUGGAGUGCUUCGAGGACUUCUUAGAUGAAGACUUGCCAUUGGGCUACAAGCUGUUCUACAGAAUCACGUCAGCUGAUGAAUGGUCCAUGGUUGAUGAAGGACCCAAUCCUUUUCUGAGAGAAGAUGCAUAUUUGCCACAAGGGAACUCUGAGAACUCUUUCAUUCUUCAGCUGAAGCUUGAAGCCACUGAUGCCAUAAAGGGUGUAGUUUCCAUAGAGAUGACGACAACAGUGAACCCGCCAGCAGCAGAAGUCAUGGCAUCCAUGAUGGGGAACAUGACUGGUCCGGAGGGGUAUAUCUCAACUCUCAGCAACAGUGGGGAUAUACGUGGCAUGAUGCAAACACUGGUGGUCCUGAUUACAUACAUGAAUAUCAAUAACCAGUAUGAAGGACGGACGGAAUUAAUGGAUUCAAUUCAGGCCACCAAUGCUACCCUCAGUGAGCUGCUGCUGGUGCCUGAGGCAGACCGCACAGAUGCACAAAAUGCAGAAAUCACCACCCACCAAAAUAGCCUUUCCAGUCUUCAGCUCGAAUAUAACACUGGAUACAAUGCUUGGCUAGUACUAAGGACACAGAUACGUACUGAAAUUUGUCAAGUUAUAGGGGAUCUGACUGUGACCAGUUUAUCUAUCACUCGUCUUGUUAUAUCUGGAGUGGCAAGCAUAGUUCAGAUUACUAAUGAGAUUACCUAUGAUGCUGUGGCCAGUAUUACAACAUUCACUGAAUCUGCAUAUCAAGUACUGUAUGAUAACAAGGAUGACAUGGAGCCCUCUGUAUUGAUGCCCAAUUGCCAGAUGAUCCAAGAGAUUAUUGGAUCCUUGACAUUGGUACUAAAUAAUCUUGGCAAGAGUGGUGAUGUUCUGCAAAGUGAUAUCAAUGCCCAGAAUACCAAACUGUUUGCUGUAAUGGACGAUGUGACUGAUCUGCUGGCCAGUGUCAUGGUUACCAGUCAGCCUCCAAUCACAGUGAACUCGUCCAGCAUGAAUACCAAUAUCACCAGGAUAUAUCCAGAAGACAUGAAUUCACAGUCUGCCGGUAACACACAAAUCAACUUCCCACCUGCCUCAAACUUCCUUGGAACUGGCAAUGAGACUUCCUCCACUCUCUGCAUUAAGAUGACAAGCAUGACAUCCAAUCCAUUUAGUAGCAAUAGCAGCAACUCCUCAAGUGCCCCAACAUCUCCUACCACUGGACUGGUUGCUUUGUCCAUGACUGAUGAUGCUGGAAGCACAAUUAAUGCUACAAAAUUGGAUGUACCAGUCGUCCUAGAGAUCAAAGUGGACAAUCCACAAAUGCCAGAGGUUUCCACAAAUUAUACAACCCCAACUAGCAAGAAGUUUGUCGUUCACAAAGCGUCAUCUCCGGCUUAUGCAGCUGUCAUUAUUUCAACCCGGUACUGGGACCCUCCACCUCCCCCAAGUAAUGAAACUGACGAUACUUCAAUUUCCAACACUACCGCCACCAACUCCUCAUCCUCAUCCACAAACUCUUCAUCCUCAGCAACCCUUCGUAGACUCCUCUCCGUAUCAAAUUCCUCCUUGGACUCUAAUAGUACCACAUUGAAUGAAACUUUGGAGACCCCUGCCAAUUAUUCCUACAUGGUCUAUGUUGGAGUGAACAGACGUCCCACAGAAGAGGACCAUGAUUUCAACUGCUCUGUGCCCAGGACUGAAGAUGAUAUUGGGGACCUGAAUGACACCAGUAACAGAUACUACUACGGGAUCCCUCCAGAUCCAUGGACGUGUUAUAUUCCUGGCAGCUGGAUUAACCAGUCUGAACCAUAUACUCUGUACUGGGGAGUUCGGUUGAAUAUUGACAACACCAGUGAAUUAUGGAAUGAAAAUUUGACAGAAACGGGUGUUGGAUAUCAAACGUCUACUUUUUUUGCCACUUGCGUUUAUUGGAGUGAUGUGAAGGAAGCUUUUGUGUCUGAUGGCUGUGAAGUUGGUCCAUUAACCACAGUGGACUCUAUUCAGUGUAUCUGUUACCAUCUAAGUGACCCAGCUGAAGAUGAAAGUGCCACAUCAGAUACCACAUCGUCAGGUGGCACCUCGUCAGGUGGCACCUCUGUGGCAGCAACACCUAAGAAGGCAGCCUCAAAGAGUUGGUUUGGUGGAGGUUUCUCCAUCCCUAUGAACACUAUUGACUUCACAGACUCUGCCUUCAAUAAGUUGGACGAGAACCCCAUUAUCUUUGCCACCAUGAUUGGCAUUGUGUGCUUCUAUAUGGUGAUGUGCAUUUGGGCAAGAAAACAAGAUAAGAUUGAUGAACUUAAGGCAGGGACGUCACCUCUGCCAGAUAAUGAUCCACGUCACAAGUACCUGUAUGAACUGCUGGUGUACACAGGAGGAAGGAGUGGAGGCGGCACCACCGCUAAAGUCAGCAUGGUCUUUACAGGAGAUGAGGAUGAGACUGAGCCACGCCUAAUUGAUGAUGACAGGAGAAGAGUGUUUGAACGUGGAGGUGUGGAUUGUUUCCUGAUGGCAUGUCCACGCCCACUCGGGCAACUGGCACAUAUCAGGGUGUGGCAUGACAACUCUGGCAAGAGUCCAUCGUGGUUCUUCAGCAGGCUUCAGGUGACAGAUCUUCAGACCAAACAAAAGUUCUUCUUCAUUUGUGAUCGCUGGUUUGCUGUUGAAGAAGAUGAUGGCCUGAUUGAUCGUGUUAUUCCACUUGCUGGCAAAGAAGAACUGACCCAAUUCAAUCAUUUGUUCUGGACACAAACCAAGAAGAAUCUGUAUGAUGGCCACAUCUGGUUUUCCAUCUUCACACGCCCACGCAGGAGCAAAUUCACUCGUGUUCAGCGCUUGUCCUGUGUGUUGUCACUCUUGUUUACCACCAUGUUGUCCAACAUCAUGUUCUACAAGGCUGACAGUAAUACAACACCACAGACCUACAAAGUGGGACCCUUCAGUUUUACACUAGAAGGUAUCAUCACAGGAAUCAUUGCCAGUUUAAUUGUGUUCCCCAUCAACUUACUGAUUGUCCAACUUUUCCGACUCUCCAAGGAGAAGCCGAAGAAGAGCAUCACUGAAUCCGAAUGGCGCCCACCAACGGCAAACAUCAACUCGGCAUUAGAUCGAGAACUAGAACAUCAGAAGGAGUUUUUGGAAACUGGCGAUCAUCAGCAUCGACUUCUAAUGACAGGAACUCCAGAGCCAACACUCCUCAGCUACAACAGAAUGCCAGACGCUGCACCACAGAGACCAGUUACACCAAAAGAGGAUGAAAAAUCAGACAAGAAAAAAGACAAGAAAAAGAAGAAAACUGCUUUCCGCUUCCCAUGGUGGGGCAUCUACAUUGGUUAUGUUGUUUGCUUCAUUAGUGUGGUUGUCUCUAUUUAUUUCACUACAGAGUUUGGUGGUCCCUUUGGGGCAGAGAAGUCUGCGGAAUGGAUGGCAUCUUUCUUCAUCUCACUCCUAGAGUCUGUGUGCUUCACCCAGCCAAUUAAGGUGUUCAUUCUGGCAGUAUUCUAUGCCUUGAUCAUUAAAAACCCUGAUACUGAGGAUGAUGCUGGUCCUGAAGAGGGUCUGAAGAGCAACGAGGAAUAUCUGCACAAGAACUUCACUGAUAAGGAUGUUGCCAAGGGACUGGCUCCUGCCAAGGCCAAGUAUGCACCAGAACCGCCAGAUGAAGAGUAUUUAAAGUCGGCAAGAGAACAGCGCUUCAAGGAGAUGGCCAUGAUGCAAAUUAUCCGGGAGAUUUUGGUGUACUUGUUUUUCCUGUACAUGUUGUUUACUGUGAGCUAUGGCAACAGGGAUCCUUGGUCGUACUUCUAUUACUCAAAUGUGGAGGAGGUCUUCUCCAAGGGAUCUCAUCAGCCUGAUGGAUUUGCCCUCGGCUCGGUACGCACUCAAGGUGAUGUAUGGAAGUACAUCAACCAGACUGUCAUACCAGGAAUCUUCUCUGAGAAGUUUUAUGAUGGACAAGACCAGAGUUUCCUCACUGGCUUUUUGGCAGACUACCAGUCUUAUCGUGUUGGUGCACCUCGCUUGCGUCUGGUCCGAACCAAACCUGGAAAAUGUGCUUAUCCCAUUAGUAAAAUGUUGAAGGAGUGUCGUGAAAGUUACAGCAUGUUUGGUGAAGAUGAGGACAGCUACCAGAAGGGUUGGAAACCACUCAAUACCUCUGAUCCAACUAUGCAAGCAGAUAACUAUUGGCGUUUCCGGGAUAGUGGUGAGACAGAUGGCUACCCAGUGUUUGGGCUCCUCACCAUGUAUGGUGGAGGAGGGUAUGUGGCAGAGCUAGGAACCUCUAUGGAGUCUGCCAGAACAGCCAUCAAAGAACUGUAUGAUAACCGCUGGGUAGACAGAUAUGCCAGAGCUCUGUUUGUGGAGUUUGUUGUGUGGAAUCCCAAUGUCAACCUUUUUGCUAUUUCCUCAAUUGCCAUCGAGUUCCCAGAGAGUGGAGGUGCCUGGCCUUUCUACAAGGUGCAGAUUCUCCGUCUUGACCGUUACUAUGGCACGUACAUGUUUGUAGUGAUGGCUUGUGAGCUGAUCACUAUAAUUUUUAUCAUCUAUUUCCUGGUCAGGGAGAUCAGACUUAUCAAGCAAGAAAGGAGAGAAUAUUUCAAGAAAUUCUGGAAUGUUGUUGAGUUCACAGUGGUUGUAUGUCUGGUGUUGGCUAUAGUGAUGUGCAUGUACCGCCUGCUCAUUGGAAACUUCACAUCUUCAGAGUUCAAGAAGAAUAAACACAAAUUUGUCAACUUCCAGUAUGUUGGCUACUGGGAUGAGAUGUAUGGCUACUUCCUGGCCAUCCUGGUGUUCCUAGCAGUUCUGAAGUCUAUGCGUCUGCUGCGGUUCAACAAACGAAUGUCCAUCAUCGGUGUCACUUUGAAAGAGGCUGGCAAACCCAUGAUUACAUUUGGCAUUGUGUUUUUUGUACUUUUCUUUGCCUAUGCCCAGCUCAUGUACAACAUAUUUGGUCACAUGCUUUUGGACUACAGCACUUUCAUCACGUGCUGUGAAACCAUGUUCUCCAUGAUGUUGAACAAAUUUGACUUCUACCAGAUUGACGAAAUCAACCCCUUCUUUGCUCGGAUAGUGUUCGUCUCUUUCAUGGUGAUAGUGUCAUUCAUCAUGGUGAACCUGUUCUUGACGCUGAUCAUGGAGGCGUUUGCCUGGGCCAAGUUUGACCUCAGCAAACAGAAGAAUGAUUAUGAGAUUGUCGACUUCAUGGUGUCCAGAUUUAAAGGACUAUUUGGCAUGUCAACCCAGAAGAAACCAGAGCCUUACGUGCCAUCCCAGUUCCAGUAUGUUGGAGGUGAUGAAGGCAAUUGUGAAGACCUUGGCAACAAGAUUGACUCCAUGAUUGGUCGUCUGGAAACAUACCUCAAUUUGAAAGCAGAUGACAAAGAAAUGAUGAAGGAAAUGAAGAACACAACUGCGAAGAACAAGAAGAGAAUCCUGAUGUCAUAAGAUCUCACCUUCAAAGAUUUUAGGCACAAAACCUUAUUUCAUGCCAUUUUACAUACAUAACAGGCUUUACAAAAUUGAUAUGGAAACUCACGUGUGACCCAGCCUUGUUUAGAAUCGUUAUUAAGAUUACCAUAUUUUUGGGAAUACAUAUUUGGAAAACAUCACCCAAUGCUGAACUAUGCAACGUUGAAGGACAAUGGAAUAUAAGAAACAAAGUUUAUUUCUAAUUUCAUAUUUUCAUGAUGUGGUUUCUGUCAUUUUAAGUAGAUUUACUUAAACUUUGAAAAUGGUAUAAUUAUAAUUACUCUUUCAGUGACUAAAAAAAUAAUUUAAUGUUUUUAAGCAUACUUUUUCAAAGAUGCAAGACUUCAAGGUAAAGACAAAAGUGACUUAAGAGCAAAGGAUUCUUUAUUUAUUAAUUGCAAUGCGACAAAGGCUUUCACAAAGCCUGACAGAGUCAAUUGAAAAACUCACUACUUGAUUUGACUUCUCCCUUUGAAGUGUGCCUUUUAGAAUUUUAAGUUUUGAACCAACUGAAAUGCCAAGGCAAAGUUGCUAAUUUUUAUUCAGUGCUGAUACAGGUAUGUGUGAAGAUUUGGAAAUCGGAGGAACAUCCCUGAAUAAGUGUAGCAUAUUUCCAUGUAGGUACACUUGAAUAAAUCUGUUUCUUGAGCAUUCA